GGUUGGUCAUCGGCGUAUCACAUCGCAAUUGCAAACUGCAGUUGCGGCUCAGGUUCCCUAUCGAACCGGAGGCAGAGGCGUUGCGGUUUGGUCUUCCUCCGCACAGAUUCUUCUCCGCCGCUUUGUCAGGCUUGGAGUAUCACCAGCUCAUCUUCUUCUUCUUUUUUGCUGUUAGGGGGAGUGCUGGGAUUGUUGCAGGACUACUGCAGAAGACGAAAUAGCUUCUCCCGGUUGUCUGUCCUCUCUCUCUUUUACUCGCUUGCCCAAAGUGUCCGUUUUUUGUUCAAGCAAGUUACCUGAUCUCUCUGGUGUAGUUUGUGUUUAAGUUAGAAAAAGAUGGUUGUCAGAAUCCGUCUUGCCAGGUUUGGCUGUAAGAACAGGCCUUUCUAUCGAAUUGUGGCUGCAGACAGUCGCUUUAAGAGAGAUGGGAGACAUCUUGAAAUUUUGGGCUAUUACAACCCUUUGCCAGGGCAAGAUGGUGGUAAGAGGAUGGGAGUGAAUUUUGACAAAGUGAAGUAUUGGUUAUCCGUUGGUGCACAACCUUCAGACCCAGUCCAAAGAAUACUCUUUCGAGCGGGGAUCCUACCACCACCAGCAAUGCUUGCUAUGGCUCGUAAAGGAGGGCCGCGUGAUACCCGACCCAUUGAUCCGAUGAGCGGCCGAUAUCUCACUCCUGAAGAUUCUGAAUCAAUUCAACCAGAUGACAGUGACACUGAAGAGAAUGAGUCUGCGGACAAGGAAAAUGCAUAAUUGUUUGUCAGCCAAGAUGAAGAUAAUGCUAGUGACCCAUUGGAAUGCUUUCAGAAGCCCCAUGCCGUCUCACCUUUCUUUAAGCACAGAUGCACUCGAAAGCCAAAACAUAAGAUCAAAUUCCUUUCUUGAUCCAUGCAACAAUGACAUGUUUGUGUGCUUUUACUACAAACCUACAAACUACCUUUUGCUUUUUGAUCAUGCAAUCCUACAUACAAUAUUAUGUUUCUUGAUGCUCAAUGAUGACAUAUUCAAGUGAUCA